AUGUCUGCGCCUGCUGGUCGUCUGCCGCGCCUUCUUCCCGCCGACCUUUCGUCCUACACCGACGCAUACUUGCCCACUGCGGCCAUACCGACAUCGGCCACUUCGCUCGCGGAGCUCGCCCACCUAAUCCGGCUGCAGGGCUAUCAGGAGCAGCGAAAGGCCCAGUCACGGGUCCGCCUCCACAGAUGGCUGGUGUCGAGCGCCCUCUCCGCACGUCUGGUACAUUGCGGAGAGCUGGCCUAUCGAACUUUGGUUGAUAGCUUCAGAUCUGACGACAAGAAGGGGUUUGCUACGCUGUAUAAUGCCGUCAACGAUGUCCGAAGCUCGUGUGACGCCGUGCGACAACAUGCAUUGUUGGAGGCUGAUUUGGAGUUUGGCAAGUCAAAAAAUAUGAAGAGCGACAAGGCUCCGUCUUUCCCAACUUUUCUCAACCAGGUCCCUUCCAAAAUCUUGGACGACCUGCUGGAUUUCGUUUCUGAAAUCCGUACCAACCCCGAUUUCCUAGCUACUCGCAUUCUCAGUCUUUCUCAGCAAGAGCUUGCUUCUUUGACGUCCUUUCGCCAGGCUUUGGAUCCUAUUGACUCGGUCAUGGCCAUGCAAGCUCGUGGUAAGACCAUCGGUACACAGAAGCCUACUGCCCAGGGUCCUAGUCCAGUGGAGCGCUUGCUGUCUUUCCAGCGACAUGAUCCAUUUGCUGCUCUUAUCUACACCAUAUUCGCUAAUUCAUCUGGGCCCGACUCAGCCGAGGACCUUCGCCGGACAGAUGCGUGGGCCACCACAUGUGCCAGGCUCAUCAUGGAAUCCAAGCAGGGAACUGAGAAGUUCAUCAAAGCUGUCCUUGACGUCUACGCCGGCAUGCGUGAAUGGCCCGGGAAAUCUAAUUUGGAACUCUACCUUAUGCAGGUUCUUCAGGAUGGCCAAUUCCUUUUAGAGAAAGCCGAGGAGCAAUCUUCCCGGACCGGGACACAGACAGUCGCUCCGACCACGAAAGACACGAUUGCCGCUGACGAAUUCUUUGACAGAGCUGUGAAACGCCUGUUCGAGGUGGUUGACGAUGAUCCCAGUGCUGGAGGCAUUCCCGAGGGUGUCCUUGAGAUUGGUAAUGCCAUCCUUAGGAAGUUGGAUGAAACCAAGAACCUGCGUAAAGGAGCGCAAAACUUCUUCGUUUCGCGUUGGCUCUUUUCUACGUUUUUGCUCAACGCGAUUAUCCAUCCCGAGACACACAGCAUCAUGAUUGGACACCACAUCACCGAGCACGCCCGCCAGAAAAUCCUCAAGGAGAUUGCCAUCCGAGCCCAAAAGCAUGUUUUGGACAUGACCUAUAAUUGGCGUCAGCAAGUACCCAUCCUGCCCGAAAUCCGCGGGCAUAUCGAGAGCAUUUUGUCCAGGUUUAAACACACCAGAUCCCCUUCGAAGCCUGUACUUCUCCCGGCCAAAGCAAUCACUUCUCCCAGGGAGACUGUCGAGGUUCAGCCUUUCAUAGUCAUCUCACCUGCCGAUAUUGUAACCCUAGUGAACACCUUGUUUCCAGAGCGUCGCCCUGCUUCCAGUCAUUACGACAAAAGCCAACAGCGGACGGGGCUCGCCUCGUCCGCCUCUUCCAUCUCCGCAGUGUCCAUGCCAUUCCGCAGCACAUCUACCCCCGGCGGCGAUGCAAGUUCCAUCCUAAGUGCAAGCGCCUCUUCCAUGACUAGUGAUCAUACCUCGAGGGAGCCUUUGUUGGAUAUCUCUAACCAAUCUGGCAUGCCUCACGAGGAGCAUCCCGAGGCGAAGAUUGCGCCCACCGAGCUUUAUGGUCGGCGGUUGAGGAUGGCAUGCUCUGAAAUGUCACGCAUCCUUGGCCCAGAUGCUAUCUCGGGAUCUUGUCACCCGUGUGCGGAGAAAUGGGCUGUGCUAUAUAUCUCUCCUGAUGGCAAACAGCUCAAAUCGCGUAUGCGCAAAGAUUUUGACGAUGAAGACGAGCACGACGAGGAUUCACCUGAAAGUGACAGUAGUGAUGACGAAGGCCCUCCGGAGAAGAUUGAUUUGGAGAACGACUACCACCAACUGAAAGAAGCUAUCACGAAGCUGGUCGAGGAAUACGAGAUUCCGAAGGAGCUCACGCCUGACAGCGAAUCGAAGACGUUCAGUAACCGUACCUCGACGCAUCGGAGAGGUGCGAGGGGAAGGGGUCCGGUCCGGCACCACAGCGAAACUCUCGGAUCAAGGAACCCCUACAAUCAAACCCAGGCGCAGAGCCAGAGUCAACUGACGAACCUCAUCGCAAGUCAAAGGAAUCUGCCAACUCGACAUGGAUCUCCGCAAAAUCGCAGAAGCAACAGCAACCCGCAAUUACCUGAGAGACCGGAGAACAAUUCAGUGUUGGUCACCAUGCUGGAAACAGCUAUGCACCAGUGUCAAGCACGCGGAGCCUUCCUUGACUCCCAACUAUACUACAAGACUCUUCUCACAUUACGUAGGAUGAACUCUCCCACCCUCACCAAGAACGGUUAUGCGGCCCUGCUCAAUUAUUUCUCUCGGGGACCGCGUGACUCGCUUGGCAAGUCAGCGAACGCCAUUGAGGAAUUUGAAGCCUGGUUCGUCUGGCUCAAACAGUCACAAGAACGACAUGACGUUGCGAUCGAGGAUAUGAUCCUUGGCUUGAAGAAUCUACGCGAUAAGAUGUGGUACAUCACUGACGUUCGCAAUUCGGGGACUUACGAAGAAGCGCGAAAUGUGGCGCUGGCGCUCAAGAUCAUGGGCCAGCCUACGAAAACCCUCGACGGCAAGCCGAUUCAGUCACACCGACCCCGAAACUUCUCCAAAUCUUCCUCCAACAACUUCCUGCUGAGAGCUGAAGCUCAGGUCGUCGAUAUGAUGUCUGCUCCUACCGAGUUCGGCGGUCCAAACAAGCUAUCUGACGAACAGUCCGAGAUCACUGCCAAGUGGAUCGCCCAGUAUGGUGUCGAAAUUUUCUGCAAAGGCGAAGAGAGGAUUCACCGCUUCUGCUUGGAGAUUGACAAGUGCGUUAACAAACUCGUUGGUGACAGCAUGAUGGAUGGCCCGGUGCUUUGGGCUAGCGAACUUUACAAACGUGACAAAGAGGUUCUUGACAGUGGCCGUCAGAAAGGCGAUCUUUUCCUUACGGGUGUUGGCACUCUUUCCAUCGCCGGAGACGAGGAGUACGAGACACACGGUCGACCUACUCGCAACCUCGAUUUUGCACAACGACCAAGUCAAGGUAGCCUACGUUCCCUUUCUGGUCGUCCUUCUCAGCAAAGCUUCGACGUCAGCCCCUGGGGGAGGUCUCCGAACGACUCUCAUGACUACUUCAGUGGCACUAGCCCUGUGCUUGCUAUCGACACCUCUACCACCUUCUGGUCUCCGUUCCAGACCCACGCCCAGUCGCCCACAAGUGCUACCAGCAUUAGACCGCGCACCGCAUCUUCAUCCAAGGGCACGGUGAUGCUCAAGCAAUCAAUCGCCGUCAAUGAAGAUAAACGAAGAUUCUUGCUUGAUUUGAAGCAAACCUUGACUGGGUUGCUCUUGAGCGAUCUGGGAACUGUAGUGUUCUCCAGCGGAAGCGAGACAGACUCUUGGUUCUCUAGCGAUCUUUUGGAAGAUUGCAUUCAACACAAGUACAGUGAAGAAGAGGAACGCAAGCGCAGGAAGCAGUUGGCACGCAAGAAGAGCAUGAAGAGUCUUCGGAAGCAAGCCAACAGUAACAACCCGCUAGAGGCUCUAGGACGCAAUGAGCGAGGCGUAGCCGCACCUCCUAUCGCCACCCUUCAGCACGCCGCCGCUUCUGAUGCUCAUCAGUCUGCUGGGGAACAUUCAUCGUCAAGCGAUGCAACCUCGCGCUCUUCUGGGACAUCGGCUGCCAAAAAGGCAGGUCUUCUCGAGUUCCCGUACAACAUCGCGUUCCGACGUCUUCUUAACAAGUUUGCGACGCAUCCUAAUCCAUUCUCGAAGCUCCAUGCUCUGUAUGAGCUGGAACUACUCAUUGUGGCUUCGCUUUCUUCUCGUUCAGGUCGAGCCUACAACAAUCGUCGAGAGGCGACACUCCCUCCUGUCCCACAGUCACCUACCCUCGGGGCCAUGCCCGAACUUAGCUCUCGCGAGCCCACCACCAAUACUGAACGCGCCACCAACGUGAAAGGCACGAUUGCCAAUUGUGAGGAGCGUCGCUCUCACUCAAUGAACCAGGAAGGUGCCAGCAAUGCAUCGCCUCUACCUCGUAGUAACGGUGCUCGUUCUCCAGUUGGUCCGCCGAGCACUGACAUGAUCGUCGACGUCAUCCAAGGACUAUUCCGUGACGCGAACAUUCGUCCCAAGACUCUGUUCCGCGAUCUGCAAUACAUCGCGUCCUUCGUGCCAGCCCAGAUGCUCGACAAAACUCCCAGAGGAAAGGCAUUCUGGGAUGUUGCUCUGGCGGCGCUUGGUCUGAAACAAGACGUGUGUCGCGUUAUGGUGGAAGUCGCCGAUGAUAUCGUGAGGCGGGAGGACACGAAGCGAAGCAGCCUCAUCCACCAAAAUGCCGAUCCCGCCUCAUCAGAUGGGGCAACCAACCCUCUCGUAUCGCGGUACACCAUGGACGACGUAGCUCGCAUGCUGCUCAUCACCGCAAAAGAGGGCGACCCCACUGCGGAGCGCGAGCUCGCCACCAUGUACCUGACCUCUCCCGAGCUGCUUGAGCGCACUGUGCUUCCGCUCACGAAGACCGGCGACAUCUUCAACAAGCAGCUCCUCAGCCAGCAUAGAGAUACUACCCGCAGCGACCCGCUCAUCAUGUGUAUUGCUACGCACUGGAUGAAGGAAAGCCGCGAUGGCGGAGACGAGCUCGCAGCGCAGUACUUGCGGCAGCGCACCGAUCUUGAAAAUAUUCAGCAGCGAUGA